UUGGUUGUUGAUACUGACUGCUCAACGACACUUGAACGACUCUUUGAAAAUGAACGUUGCUCUUCUACUCGGAUGUUCGGCUAUCGUGCUGUUGCUAGGCAACACGUUAGCCAAAGACUUGGCUACAAGAACAGAGCGAGAUGUAGAUGAAGCUUUUAAUCAAAUCCUCAGGAGAUCGCUUGAUGACAAUGCAGAGAUGAGAACUAGAAGAGGCUGGUUCAAAAACGUUUGGGAUACAAUUAAGAAGCCACUAAUUACGGCUACCAUUGGCGCAGUGGUUGGCAAGAGAGAUUUCCCUGGGUUUACUCCGUCAAACAAGAACAACGGUGGAAAUGGUUGGAAAUGGGGACAGAACUCCGACAAAUGGAAGCAAUGGAAAGAAUCUGGUAAAGACAAAGUUCAAGGGGAGUAAAGAGCAGGUUCUGGUAAAGAAUGUCGACAUGAUGGUGUCUUAGAGACUGUGACAGUCCUAGUUACACCAAUAUAAGUGAACAGUCGAGAAAGCAAAUAAAAUGGAUUUUU